AAAGCUUUUGGCUGUUACGAAUUUUUUAUUGAAAAAUAGCCAAGGACUUUCUUUGAAAACAGGCACUAAAAUGAAGAAUAAUACAAAGCCAAGAAAAUCUACAUAACAACGAAUACACAGAGGUGUCUGAAAAGAUAAUAGAAAACAAACUGUCAACACAAGGAGCUCGCUCAAGAUACUCCGAAAAAUACCGACGGAACUGCAUUAUCUCGCAGGUAGAUAUCAACAACCGCAACAGCUCGGUGUCGUCGCUCGUCGUAUCUUAUUACGCGGUGAUUUACUAUAUAUUUGCAAAGCAUAUCAUUAAACGAUAAAAAAUUAGAAUCGGUAGCGUUGCCGUUUUCUAUUAUAUACGCCUCAGUGUUUAACAUUCUGCUACGGCUGUAGUUAUGUACGAACUUCAAGAGUUUGAAAUGACAAUCAAAGAAAAAGGAAAGAAACGAGGAUCGAUAAGACAAGCUCUGGAGGACGGCCGCUUACGUCCCAUUCCCUUUCAGCUGCCGAAAAUGGUCGAACGAAAACGUCAGAGCGGUGACCAGUGCAGCACUGCGACGAAAGUCAUCCUGUCCUUGAUCGUCCUCAGUUUGAUUGCGAUGCUCUUAUACGUGAUCUGGAAGAUCCGUGUGAUUGAGGAGCCGUCGGAGACCAGUGACUACGACUACCGCAUGAUCGGCGAAGGUGAAAUCAACGACAACGAUGCGAACGAUAACAAUGUUGAUAAAACGUGAGAAAGUGAGCGCAAGUGCGAUAAAGUUUGAACAAUAAGUGACCACAGUGCAGCGCACCAAUUGGAGUUGGUAAAAGUAUAGUUUUUAAGUACUGUAAAAUAUAUGCUCGCAUUUAAAAAUGUAACUUAUCAUCAAUGAUACCUAGAAUAAUUCAAAGUUUCGACCACCAGAUCGUUUUCAUAGUACAAAUAAAUUAUUGAUAGUGAACAGUGAAGUAGGUCCGUAAAGUAUGAUUUUAUCCAUCGCCGUAAAUUUAAUUUAAAAUGUUGAUUAAUUACUCAACGCGUAUUUUAACUUGUGUCUUUAAUAAACGCUGCGAUAAAGGGAAUUUAUUGUGUCGUAGAUAAACAUCGCAUUUCGAUCGAUGCGUUUGUUACAUAAGAAUAGAAAUGGAAUGAAUUGAUGCACAAAUGUAGUAAUAAUGUAACAAUUUCUCAUUGACUAUGUCUCAAUUUAACUAUCUACAAGCAAGAAAUCGUCUAUAAACUACGAAAUAUUAGACCAUUAAUUGGAUAUUAGGAAGUAUUGAUAAUGUUCAGUCAUAAUUAUCAUAAAUGAAGACGCAAAAUAAACCCACAAAUAAACAACAAGAACGAAAACUCUUUUAUCGCUACUAAAUCUACACAAAUAAGGAAAUUAACGUAAGCAGUUGGUAAAAGUAAAAUUACGAAACAUUAUUUAAUAAUAAAAACUCGAUGCGCAUUAGAAUCAAGUACACAUGCGUACUAUCACGCGUAAAAAUAUAGUGCAAGUGAACUGCGUGAGAGUUGAUCGAGGAGAAGCUGGAGACCACUAGUACGUUCGUAUAUUUCUUACACGAGUACCGAGAAGCUGUCCAGCUGAUAACGCGAGAGCAGAAGAUGGAAAAAAAGCCCGUAAUCUUUCGUUCCGUUGUCGAGCAGUUGUCGAAGGGGAAACGCACUGGAGUCGAACUCGAUAAAAGGUCAGUACAGCAACGAGAUCAAAGCGAGGCGGGUUGAGCAACGAUGAGCCAGUGCCAAAAGAUCUGUGAUUGCGAGGUAUAUGACAACAUGGGCGAUCAUCGUGCCGCCCUGAUCAAGAUGGAACUGCCCAAGUACGACGAAAGCUAUGGUGGCACUUCCUACACCAUUUGUCGAGCCAUUAGAUUCGUAGGUUACGUUGUGGUUCUGGUGCUUCUGUUCUAUUCCCUCUGGCGCAUCCAUGUGAUUGAGUUGACCCUCGUGGACAGUGACAGGUUUGCCAAUGUGUCCAAGAUCAUCGCCUUAGGAAACAGCAAUAUUCUACAUCGACGAGUAGCCAGAUCGGUCAAAGGCACCAAUAAUCUGGUCGACCCGAACGCCUUUGAAUUCGAAAAGGAAAUGGCCAGAGGUGGGAUGCUGACGUCGAAAAACGAAACGCCUUUGCCGCCCAAGAAGAAAUUAAGGAGCAAAGAGGACUUCUAUUCGUUGGUGAACGCACUGUUUGAUGCCAUUCAAAGGAUGCACAACGAUACCGAAAGGUCACACUUCGACAGGAAUAUGAGGGCAGUAUUCCAAGCGUGGUUCCCGGUAUUCGAUGCACUGCUGCCCACUGAUCUCACGGAGAAUAACACUGAGGAGACUCGAAAUACCAGAUCGGUUGACAAAAGUAGCGAAGAGUUAUCCGGGGAAAAUAAAAAUAAUCAGAGAAUCGCCAGGGACGUUGACAAGAGCAGCGACGAAUCGUCCGAAGAGAAAAAAGAUAAGCAGAGGAUCACCAGGGACGCUGACAAGAGCAGCGAAGAGUCGUCCGAAGAGAAAAAAGAUAAGCAGGAUAAACCAAGACAAGUGAGAUCACUGAUGUCCACUAGUGACGAGUCAUCGGAAGAACAAACGCUCGGCGAAAAUGAGCAGAAAGAUGUUACGACUGAGGUACCAAAGAAAGAAACGGAAAAGAAAGUAGAAAAUAACAAAGGCGAACAGAAAAGCAGCGAGGAGUCAUCGGAAGAAAACAAUAAAAAUAGAAGAAAGCGAUCCUUCGAUAACGAUAGCGGAGAAUCGGCAGAGUCGGAUUCAUCGGAAUCUCAUGAAAGUGAAAAAAUGAGCCAAUCACAGGCGGUGCUUGUCAAAUACAACAGCAUUCACCAUUUUGACAAAGGUUACCUACUUGUCGGAAGGAGGCACGAGCAAAUAUCUUCUGAAUCUUCAGAGUCUUUAGAGUCGUCAGAAGAAUCUUUUAUGAAGAAGAAGUACCAAAAUAGAUAUGAUCCUGGUUUCUACAAAAUCGGAUAUCGCUUUGUGACAGGAAGACCGUAUUAUGUAAAGAACGAUAUCUCCCACAAUUAACGUGAUUAUACUUGUAGCGUAAUAAUAAUAAUAAUAAUAAUACCAAAGGGGCUUUACACCAAUAUUACUCGCAAUGUGAUUGUUAUUUUCUAUGUAUGGGUUGAAAUACUUUGUAUACUAGUUUUUCGCGACAAAUAAACGUAAUAAAAGUCUUUUUUUUACAACCCA